UCUUAAUUUCCCUCUUUGAUCAAAAUUUCUUGGGAUAUGAUUGAAAAUCACCCAAAAUAAGGGUGAUUUUUAUCAGCCUGAGCCAGGGCUAUUACGGAGCCUUUUCGUCAGAAUAUCAUAGGCGUAGAAGAGCCCUGACGACACAAGGUUGACACCUUCUAGCAACUUUUAGGUUGUAAUCGAAAUUUAGACCUUAGCAACUUAGGCUAACAUGAAAAAUGGAGUUAGUUGAUGAUGGAAUUACAAAAAAGUCUAAAACACACCAUAAUACGGUUUGUCCAAGGAGGUUUAAAAAUUACAAUCUAGUGAACUUUUGAGAAUUGAAGGUUACGGGCGGGAAUGAUAUGAGAACAUUGUCCGGGAAAAAUCUAUUCAAGGGGGAAAAUAGUUUCCUCACACUAAAACGUCACAAAUAUUAAAACAUGUUCUAGAAAGGUCUGACAUCACUACAACCUUUUUGAGAAACAUUUAUAUAUUUCCUGACAUUUAAGCUAAAGUCUACCAACAGUGAUAUGAAAUAAGGUGUGAAUUUUUUGUGUGAAUUUUAAGUAGGUUCAAUUUAUGUAAACAUAAAAUGUAGUACAGACGGAGAAUAAAUAAUGAUUUUCACUUCAACAAAAUUAUUUUAUUGACAAAUUCACUGCAGGAAUAUGUCGAAGCAUAUGGUUUUAUGUGAAGAAUUUAAAAGAGAAUAGAGACCUAUGAAAUAUUUAUAAUUUCAAUAGAACUUAUUACAUAUGUACUAAAAACCCACGUAAAAAAUUUUCACCUUCACAUCAUCAUCACAGCCAUUAAAAUGCAUUUUCGACAGUGCAAGCGAGAAGAUUUGGUCGAUGAACUUGGAAGAGAAAGGUUUAUGGAUUAUAAAAAAUCCAUCUUUGCCACUUUAUUUGCUUUGUUUAUGGCGUUAUGUGUCAUUUUUGCUUUUCUUUACAGCCAGUGUUUCGCAAGUUACAAAGAAAUAGCCGACCGAAGAGAUUACCUCUCUGAAAAAUAUGGCAUCUGCAACAAUUGUCAUGAGCACAGUUACUGCAGCAACAUGUUUAGCACUACGUAUCAAUGUUACUGUCGUCAUGGAUAUAUAGGUGAUGGUGUCAGUCACUGCGAAGAUAUCUCAUUCGCUAUCGAAUUUCGCGAAAAUGCAACAUCCUGUCCAACGAUCGACGUCAAUUUUCCGAAAACAAACACGUUUGGUUUUUGCAUGUGGUUGGAAAUGUCGCACGGCGGUUCGAAAUGGCUACCCAUCUUCUCCUACAUUGCUGAUAACCGUAAAGACAGUUUAAUGUUGUCUGUUAACAACGACGAACAGAAAUUAGAAUUGCAGAGAUUCGACAAAGCUAUUCCUAUCAAAAUUGAAAUCAUCCCGGAACAUUACUAUAUGCAUUUUUGCACUAAUUGGAAGUCGAAUGGCCAAAUUGAAUUGUAUGUCAACGGACAUAUAUAUAAGCAGGAACGACUCAUGGAUCAUCACUUCACAGAAGGUAUGCUAAAAACCAAAGGGAAGUUCUACUUAGGGCGAUAUGUAGAUGUUGUAGUCCCUCCGCGUGACAUUCGGAUGUACAAAGGAAAGAUUUCACAAUUUUUUAUGUACGACAAAUACCUCACCGCGAAGGAGAUUGUUAGGCUAUUCCAACACGACCCUUCAACGCAGGGUAUGUUUAUUUCGUGGUUAGAUUUCAAAAAUAAAACAUCUGGAUGGAAGAUUGCUGAGUCGUAUCAUAUAAUUUUGUAACUAGUAAUUUAAAAAAACCAUGAAGUUUUUUCCGCUCUUUUGUAUAUAAGAUACUAAUUAGCUCCAGAGGUUACAAAAUAGAAACAUAAAAACCGCAUGCGCGUGGCACAGUAAUGUUAACGGACAAGAUUUCAAAACCAAACUACAUUUCUAACAUGAAUUGUCUUGCUUUAAAUAUAUAUUGUUUAUU